UUGCGUCACUUCCGUUUACUGUGGGCAGCUGCCGUGGUAUUCUCAGAGUGCGGCGGCGAACGGGCUGAAGCAGCCCGAGGACGAGAGGCGGGGUGGGCGGAAGGGGGAGGAAAUCCCAUCACUGGGGCGCCAGCCUGGACGUUCCCGCCUCCUCCGACACUGUCGGGUCCGAUCGGAGAAGGGUCACCGCCUCCUCCAGCGAGAAGGGGGGCGGAGUCCGGCUCAGGAUCAUGGAUUUUCCUGGCCACUUUGAACAGAUCUUCCAGCAGCUGAACUACCAGAGACUUCACGGCCAGCUCUGUGAUUGUGUCAUUGUAGUGGGGAACAGACAUUUCAAAGCCCACCGCUCGGUACUGGCAGCAUGCAGUACACAUUUCCGAGCCCUGUUCUCUGUGGCAGAGGGAGAUCAGACCAUGAACAUGAUCCAGUUGGAUAGCGAGGUAGUGACAGCGGAGGCCUUUGCCGCACUGAUUGACAUGAUGUAUACCUCCACCCUCAUGCUGGGGGAGAGCAAUGUUAUGGAUGUCUUAUUGGCAGCCUCUCACCUGCACUUGAACUCUGUUGUUAAGGCAUGUAAACAUUACCUAACGACAAGGACGCUGCCCAUGUCUCCCCCCAGCGAGCGCGUUCAGGAGCAGAGUGCCCGCAUGCAGCGCUCCUUUAUGCUGCAGCAGCUGGGACUGAGCAUCGUGAGCUCAGCCCUCAAUUCCAGCCAGAGUGGUGAGGAGCAGCCGGCCCCCAUGAGCUCCUCGAUGCGCAGUAACCUGGAGCAGCGGACACCCUUCCCCAUGAGACGCCUGCAUAAGCGCAAGCAGUCUGCAGAGGAGCGGGCCAGACAGCGGCUCCGACCCACCCUGGAUGAGUCUGCCAUCUCCGACGUUACGCCAGAGAAUGGGCCGGGGGUUCAUUCUCGGGAGGAGUUCUUUUCACCAGAUUCUCUGAAGAUCGUGGAUAACCCUAAAGCUGACGGGAUGACCGACACCCAGGACGACAGUGCCAUCAUAUUUGACCGGCCCUUUGGUGCUCAAGAAGAUGCCCAGGUGCCCAGCCAGUCCGACAACAGCACUGGCAACGUGACCCAGCUCUCCAUGGCCUCCCGCGCCACUCAGGUCGAGGCUAGUUUUGAGCAGGAAGCCACACCUGAGAAAAGUGGUUUUCAGUGCGAAAACCCUGAGGCUGGCCUUGGUGAGAAGGAGCACAUGAGAGUGGUGGUUAAAUCUGAGCCCCUGAGCUCUCCUGAGCCUCAGGAUGAAGUGAGCGAUGUGACCUCCCAAGCGGAAGGCAGCGAAUCGGUGGAGGUGGAGGGAGUGGUGGUCAGUGCCGAGAAGAUAGACCUCAGCCCCGAGAGUAGCGACCGGAGUUUUUCAGAUCCCCAGUCUAGCACUGACCGGGUAGGAGACAUCCAUAUUUUGGAAGUCACAAAUAACCUAGAACAUAAAUCCACUUUUAGCAUUUCAAAUUUUCUUAACAAGAGCAGAGGAAGUAACUUUAGUGCUAACCAGAACAAUGACGAUAAUAUCCCAAACACCACUAGUGACUGCAGGCUGGAGGGGGAGGCCCCUUAUUUGUUGAGUCCAGAGGCUGGGCCUGCAGGCGGGCCCUCCUCAGCCCCUGGCUCUCACAUGGAGAACCCGUUCAGCGAGCCCACAGAUGCCCACUUCGUCAGGCCUAUGCAGGAAGUGAUGGGCCUGCCAUGUGUGCAGACCUCAGGCUACCAAGGAGGAGAACAGUUUGGGAUGGAUUUUUCCAGGUCUGGUUUGGGGUUGCAUUCCUCCUUCUCCAGGGUAAUGAUGAGCUCCCCUAGAGGUGGAGCCAGUAACUUUCCAUACUACCGCCGCAUAGCUCCCAAAAUGCCAGUGGUAACGUCAGUCAGGAGCUCACAGAUCCCAGAGAACUCUGCCAGUUCCCAGCUAAUGAUGAACGCGGCCACAUCCUCAUUUGAAAAUGGCCACCCUUCGCAGCCCGGCCCCCCCCAGUUGACGAGGGCAUCUGCUGACGUCCUGUCAAAGUGCAAGAAGGCCUUAUCGGAGCACAACGUCUUAGUCGUAGAGGGGGCUCGCAAGUAUGCCUGCAAAAUCUGCUGCAAGACUUUCCUGACCUUGACAGAUUGCAAGAAGCACAUCCGUGUUCACACAGGUGAAAAACCCUAUGCCUGCCUCAAGUGCGGCAAGAGGUUCAGUCAGUCCAGCCACCUGUACAAACACUCGAAGACCACUUGCCUGCGCUGGCAGAGCAGCAACCUUCCCAGCACUUUGCUCUAACCCGACCUCUUGAGAUAAUGCUGAGGCCAGUAUCAGGACCUAAACUAGUCUCUUUUGGUUGGUGGUUAAUGCCAUUGGGUUUGAGGCUUCAGGCUGCAAAUGGCUCAUGCAAAUUUCGAUGACUAAUAAGUGGAGAAUUAAUAGGUGUAGUGCUUGUACUGCUACAUUUCUGAGUGAAAUGUAUGCUUUCAGAGAAGGGAUCCAAUCCCUGAAACCAAGUACUUCCUUAGGGUUGAGUAAUGCAGUCAGAAAGUAGUUUGGAAUCGAUGUCAUUAAAAGUGGCACAUUUGACAAUUAAAAAUUGAAGUGCAAAAAAAGUUUUUUUAGCAAUUUUUGUAAAACUCUGAAGCAUUUAAUUAAAUUUCCUAUAUACCU